UGGUGACGUCCGACUUUAUCUUAGUUGAAUAUUGUUUGACGUAUAUACUUACGGUAUAAUUUCAUUGCAAAAAAGUAAUGUUCAGUCAGUGAAUGUAGAAGGAUUGUUACUUUAGAUGUGCUACUGAAACGAUGUAACCAAACUUCUUUUACGACACCACUCUCUACAAAUUUAUCCAAUGAAUGAUAUGCUUCAUCAUUACAACAGCUAUACAAACACACUAACCAGAUUUCUAACUGGUUACCACCAACUAGAUGAGCAAAAUGACGAUAACGACAAUAAUCUUUCGGCUUUAUGUGAGGAUUCCACUCCGGAUGAGGAGCCGAGAUGUAGAAGCAAUUCAUCUGCUACAAGCAAAUCAUUUACGAUAGCGGCUAUUUUGGGAUUAAAUAAUAAUGAAAGCGGGAAAUUAUGUAGCUCGUCCCCUAACCUGGAUGUUAUGAACUUGGCGGUACAUCCAGGAAUAACAGAAAGAUCAUUAGUAUCAAACUGUGGACGUAUACAGCUUCCAGUUAAUAGAGGUUUGGUGCAAUCAAGUCGAUAUCAACUGCCUCAACACACAAUUUCGCCAUCUUCAAAACCGCCUGUUCGUAGUGGAAAACAUGCUCAAACAAAUCAUAUGCAAAAUAAGAAAACCUGCAAGAGUAAACGGGUUAGAACAAUUUUCACACCAGAACAACUGGAACGUUUGGAGGCUGAGUUUGAGAGGCAGCAGUAUAUGGUUGGUCCAGAAAGGCUUUAUUUAGCACACACCUUACAGCUAACAGAAGCACAGGUAAAGGUCUGGUUUCAAAAUAGACGAAUAAAAUGGAGAAAACACCAUUUAGAAUUAACACACCAAAGACUGGCAGUUUUAAAGCAGCAACAGAUGUUGUUAGAUGAAACAAGCCCUGAUGCUCAGGAUAAUAAUAGUUCAGAGACAGAAACCUAAA